GCAGUCGUCAAAUCCUUCACGGAGGCGGCCAUGGAGUUUUCUGCGGGAAUCUCUGCCGACGGUCUUCAGCUUUCGGACAGGUUGGCUGAUAUUGCUCCCGACAGGGUCCUCGCAGCAAAGCUCACCUCGGCCUACAGGUUAAACAUCUCGGAGCUGCUGCUGACCUCGGCAUCGAGAGAGGCCACCGCCGUUUACAACAGGUCCCUCGGUCGUUUCGCAACCUCGAAGGCUCGAGGUAGAUGUCUGACCACGGCGUUGCACAUUGACUACGGGGACCAGGACCCCGCUAUCUCUCUGCCCACGGCCACCAUCACUUUGCGGUUUGAAAUGCUCGCCUCGCCAGAAGCUUUCAGGAAGAGUGCGGCCAGAGCAUGGCCGAUCAUUUUGAAGAAUUUGCGCGCCACCCUUCAGAACCGCCAGUGGAGGAAGGUGAACGGCCUGAUCUCGGGCACGAUUUCUGUUUUGCUCUCCGCGGGCUGGGGCCCCCAGGGACCGUGGAAGUGGGCCCACCCUACUGGUGAUAAGUAUGAGGUGAGUGAAGAUACUGUCGGCUCGGACCCUGACUGGGAGCCUUUCUUGGAGGUCUUCAGAGACACCUUGAG